CUUUCUUCUUCCUCCCCUCCUUGCCCCGAGGACACCCGGUGUCCCCAUCAUUCAGGGGUGCCCACCCCCACUCCCUGUAUUGCUGCCAGGUGUCCCCCCCACCCCGGGCUACUCCGUGUACCCCAACGCAGCUUUUCGCCCCCAGGCAAGGAACAGCCGUCGACCUCUUCCUCUGCUUCCUGCUCGCCCCUCGGCGAGACACCCCUUCGGCUCGGUAGCAGCUGGGGGCCGCCAGGAUGUGGCACGAAGCCCGCAAGCACGAGCGCAAGCUGCGGGGGAUGAUGGUGGACUACAAGAAGCGAGCAGAGCGCCGCAGGGAGUACUACGAGAAAAUCAAAAAGGACCCAGCCCAGUUCCUUCAGGUUCAUGGCCGGGCCUGCAAGGUCCAUCUGGACUCGGCUGUCGCAUUGGCUGCUGAGAGCCCCGUCAACAUGAUGCCCUGGCAGGGCGACACGAACAACAUGAUCGACCGCUUCGACGUGCGGGCGCACCUGGACUAUAUCCCCAUGUACACCCCGCCCCUGCUGAACCCCAUCUCCCCCGAGCAGGAGUCUGACGAGAGAAAAUGUAACUACGAGCGGUACCGGGGGCUGGUGCAGAACGACUUUGCCGGCAUUUCAGAGGAGCAGUGUCUCUACCAGAUCUAUAUCGACGAGCUCUACGGGGGACUCCAGAAGCCAAACGAAGAUGAGAAGAAGAAGCUGGCAGAGAAAAAAGCCUCCAUUGGCUACACGUACGAGGACAGUACCGUGGCUGAGCUCGAGAACUCCUUGGAGAAGCAUGGCGAUGAGGAAGACUCCGAGGAAGACAGCAACACAGACGAAGACGAAGUCAUCCCCGAUAUCGACGUGGAAGUGGACGUGGACGAGCUCAACCAGGAGCAAGUGGCCGACCUGAACAAGCAGGCGACCACCUACGGCAUGGCCGAGGGCGACUUCGUCAGGAUGUUGCGGAAGGACAAAGAGGAGGCAGAAGCUAUUAAAAACGCCAAAGCCCUGGAAGAGGAAAAGGCGAUGUACUCGGGCCGUCGCUCUCGCCGCCAGAGGAGGGAAUUCAGGGAAAAACGCUUGAAAGGGAGGAAGAUCAGCCCACCCAGCUACGCACGGAGAGACAGCCCCACCUACGAUCCCUACAAACGAUCCCCUUCAGAGUCCACCUCAGAAUCCCGCUCCCGUUCCCGCACCCCAUCUCCUGGCCACGAGGAGAAAAUCACCUUCAUCACCAGCUUCGGUGGCAGCGAUGAGGAAGCGGCGGCGGCAUCGGCACAAGCCGGCGGUGGCGUCCCUGGAAAAGCUGCCACACUCGGCAAACAACGUUCCGCUCCAGGGCAGCCCGGCAGCACCGCCGCAGGUCAUAGCACCUCGUCCCGGUCGGAGACGCUCGUCCUCCUCCUCCACCUCCCCAUCGUCAUCCUCCUCCUCCAGCUCAUGCUCCAGCUCACGCUCGCUGCGGCCGCGCUUCCAGAACCUCCCGACGCUGAGCUGGUGCGGCGGCAACGGUUGGGCUCCGCCAGCGCGGGGGAGAAAAGCGCCCACCCGUUGAGGAGGGCGAUGACGCCACGGCAGCAGCGUGGAGAAACCCCAAAGCGUUCGUGA